AUGGUUGGCAGAGCUAUUGCUGGAUAUGAGACCCAUCUCAUUCCUCUAAAUGGAGAUGGCGAAGUGAAACCUGGCCAACUUGGCUUGCUUCAAAUUCGGGUCUAUUAUGGAAGCACAUUCAUGGGGUAUGCACCAGAUACGAAAGGCAAAGAGAAAUGGGUAGAAACUGGAGAUGUAGCUCGUAAGGAUGAAGAGGGCAGCAUUGAAAUUGUUGCUAACAAGGAGGACUUAAUCUACGACAAUAACAAUGGCCUUGUAGAACAUUGGAACAUUGAACGACUACUGAAUCAGAACGAACUCAUCAAAGGCGUCCAGGUAGUAUCAAUAGGACGCGGACAACCAGUUACAGCUGUUUGCGUUCUGCGAAAUAACAAAGCCAACGUUUCUGAAGCUAAGGCUGAACUUUCAACUAUGUGUAAGAAACAUAUGUUCCCAGUCCCGGACAAGUUCGCUUUCGUACACGAUUUCCCUCGGAUACAUACAAAAAUCCAAAAAUAUCGAAUUCGGGAGAUGCUGAGAGAAGGCAGAAUUACUGUAUUUUGA